AUGAAGACCACAGGAAUCACUGUGUUCACAAAAUCGCCACCAGUGACACAAGAGCCGCUCAUUUUUCCUCUUUUAAAAUCUAUUUGUUCAGAUGUGAUGGGUUUUUUUCUCUUCAUUGCAACCAUCAUAAUGAUGGCAGAAAUUACUCUUGGAGGCUUUGCCAAUGUCUUCAUUGUUCUGGUGAACUUUACUGACUGUAUCAAGAGAAGAAAAAUCUCCUUAACUGACAGAAUUCUCACUGCUCUGGCCAUCUUCAGGAUUGGUUUGCUUUGGAUAAUAUUAAUGAACUGGUGCUCAACUGUGUUUAUUCCGACUUCAUCAUCUGUACAAGUGAGAUUUAUUAUUAGUGUUACCUGGGCUGUAACCAACCAUUUUCAUACCUGGCUGGCAACUAUACUCAGCAUACUGUAUUUGCUGAAGAUAGGCAAUUUCUCAAACCUUAUUUUUCUUGGCCUAAAGGGAAAAAUUAAGAGUGUCAUUGUAGUUGUACUUUUGGGGAGUUUGCUGUUAUUGCUUCCAAAUCUUACAAUGGCAACCUUACGCGAGAAACUCCAAGUGAACAGUCACAGAAGCAAUUUGACUGAGAAGACAAAAGUGGCUUAUAUCAUAAACCUUGCAUUUGUGAUGGCAUUCACUCUAAACAAUAUCAUUCCCUUCACCAUAUCUAUGAUCUGUUUUCUGCUGCUAAUAUAUUCUCUGUGUAAACACCUUGAGACAAUGAAGCUUCAUGGAAAAGGAUCCCAGAAUCCAAGCACCACAGCCCACAUUAAGGCUUUGCAAGCUGUAGUCUCCUUUCUGUUGUUAUUUUCCAUGUUCAUUCUAUCUCUGAUCAUAUCAGGUUACAGUUAUAUUAAGCCUCUGGAUAAGCCAGUUCACCUGAUUUGUCAGGUUAUGGGAACUUUAUAUCCUUCAAGCCAUUCCUACAUACUGAUAUGGGGAAAUAAGAAGAUCAAACAGGUCUUUGUGCUGGCAAUGGUGCAAGUGAGAACAAGACUCCGGCUGAAAGAACAGAAACCUUAA